AUGGAGGGUGUCCCCCUGAAAAUGCCAGAGGGUCUCUCACAAGAAGUCAAAGACGACGUGACAAUGAUUGUCCCUGAUUACCUCACCAUCCUGCAAGAGACAGAGUAUGAAUUCAAUCUGGAGAAGUGGGUGCUAACAGGUCUGCAGAACGGUUUCACCAACCAGCAAAAACCUCAGGUCUCCUCCUCUACAUCAGGAGUGCCACCAUCCUGCCCACCCUACUGGAUGAUGUUCAGCAGCCCCCAGCAGAGCCGCCUGGCCAGCCGCCACAGUUCUGACUUCUGGGAGCCCAAUCCUCGACAAAGAUCCCGCAGCCUCAACGCUUCUGUCAUGCGCAGCAAGUUUGUCACAGACUCUGAAGAUGAAGGAGAUUGCGCUGCACAGACAGCCAAGACACCUGUAAAACCAGUAGCCAGCUUGAGUGGAGACCGCUCUGCUCCAUUAUGUCAGCCUAGCCAGAGGAAAGCACAGAAAGCCUUUGUCCCUGACCUCCUGAACCCUCCUGCCUGCCUAAGUAGCCUGCCACACCAGCGUAGGAAGAACCUGCGCCAGUGUUCCCUCUCAGGACUGGAGACGUCCAAGAAGAAUGAUCCCAAAACAAAUAGUCAAUCAAAGACCGCAUCACCACACAGAAACCCUAAUACCAGAUCCUAUACAAUCGACAGGCUCCCCAGCAACAACAAGCAGAAGCCAACACAUAUGAAGUCUCUAAGCCCGGAUUCCUGUCGAAAUCUCCAUGUGACCUCACAACGUCUGGGUCUGCCCACCUCUGGUUCCGACUCCUCAGCAGAACUCCUCUCAGCUCUGAGCACAGAGGAGAGAGAGCUGCUUGGGGCAAUCACUGCCAGGGGUUAUCCCCUCCGCACUGCCAUCAUUGCCCUGCAGAAGACAGGCCGGCAAACCGCAGAGCAGAUCUUGAGGUACCUGGUAGCAUGUGACCAUCUGUGUCAGCUGGGUUAUGAUAUGGCUCAGGUAGAAGAGGCUCUGGAGAUGUUUCAGAACUGUGAAACAAAGGCGGGGGAGUUUCUUCAUCUCCUGAGCCAGUUCAAUGAGAUGGGCUUCCAGCAGAAUGCCAUCAAAGAAGUGCUGCUCGUCCAUGAAAACCACCGUGAUCGGGCCCUGGAGGAACUAAUGAUGCGUGUGGCAUGAUGGAAGAUCAGUACAAAGACUCAUAUAACUGAAUGACAACCUGAUAUAUUUUACAUAAUUAUUACUGU